UUCACAGGCUGUCAUUUUAGAAAAUGAAGAACUUCCCAAACUGUUUCUUGAUUUCCUAAAUGUGCGACAUUUGCCCUCUCUACCAAAGGCAGAGAGCUGUGGAUCUUUUGAUGAGACAGAAUCUGAAGAGUCAAGCAAACUGUCCCACCAGCCGGUGCUGCUGUUCCUCAGGGAUCCAUACGUCUUGCCUGCAGCCAGCGAUUUUCCAAAUGUGGUUAUUGAAGGAGUUCUCCAUGGGAUAUUUUACCCUCACCUACAGCCCAGGUAGAAAUCCUCCAUGGCUAGAAGAAGCUGAAGCAAGUUUCGAAGUCGUAGUCAAGGAAAUCGAUACCUACCAAAUUAACCUAAACUCUAUGACAUAAUGGCUCUCGCUAGUGGUAAAAUUCACAGCAGCAGCUUAAUUCAGAGCAGGGACAUUUCCAUUAGAAUGGUGCUUUUAAAAAUAGAAACUGAACCAGGGCGGUGCUGAGGUUAAGGCCAAGUGUUUAAGAAGUAGAAUGUAGCUGCCAAUUUAGAAACCCAGGGAAAGAAAAGCUAAAGAAGAUCCUUGGGAGCUCCGAGUGUAGCAAAACAGUUACUCUCUGCUUCAGUCACACCAUUUGCUAAUUGAAAAUCUUAUCCCGAAUCAUAGUGAGACUGAUCAACUUUGGUAGCUUUUUUGUUCAGAUUUUAUGACACACUAAUCUUUUCAUCAUGAGAUUUUUCUCAGCCAGUGAUGGAUAACAUUCUGAAGUGCUGGCACCAGGAGAGCAUCACAGAAACACACUGUGCUAAAUGUGAGGAAGGAACUAAACUGGAAAUGAAAUUAUACUGACAAUAUUAGGGCAUUUUUUAAAUCAUGGCAUUUUAAUUUACAUUACAGUGGAGCUGCAUCAUAUCCAGGGGUUAGCUUCUAAUGUCGGCACAUCAGAUAAAAUGGGGUCUCAAGAUUAUCCUUGAAAGCCCUUUAGAAUGGUGCCAUAUUGGAAAUCUCCAUCCACGACAGCCAGUUUUUCCUCCAGUGUUGGAAGAGGUAACUGUCUCUUCCGUUGAAGAACAAUGGAAGUUGGUGUUUAGGGGCUAUUUUGUAGAAAAAAACACAUAACUUUAAACACUAGAAUGAUACUUAGCCUUGCAAGAUGCUUGCCCUCUAAGAGACAAAUAUGAACUUACAGUGACUGAGGGAACGCCAGACUGACAACACUCAUCUUGGUUUACUUGAGGGCAUCCAUUCAUUGAAUAGGUGGUAUAAUUGCCAGAUUGAUUGUUAUUUUCCUUAUUCCUUAUCAUUUCCUUUUCACUGAUCUCAUGUACUGAAUUAAAUGUGUUUAUGAUAUAACUCCACUCUACAUCUUACGGACAUUCAGAUUUUGAGUAGUAAAGGAUAAAAGCAUAUAUGCAGCCUGUAUAUAUGUGCCAUAUUUGGACAUUUCCUUGAAAACCAGUUAAUAGCUAGCCUAUUUAUGGUUAUUAGUUAAUAAGCUUCUGUGUGGGAGAAAAAUAUUUAGAUAUAAAACUAAUAAUUAAAUCAUGGUUUUUGAUUAGGAUAUAAAUAUACAGGUUUAAAGCUUGCUGCAGACUCUUAGAGAUUUAUUUAUGAUAUAUGUGUUACUACAUGCUGGAAAUAAGCAAGAACUAAAUAAUCAAGUGUCAUCAACCAAAAAUGACUGAAAGUCAAGUGUUGGAGAUAUUUUUUAAAUGUUUUUGUUAUUAGCUAUUUUUGAGUUAAAUAAAAAUGAAGAAC